GAGAGAGAGAGAACACCUCGCAACGGCAACCAGAGACGCGCGUCCUCCGUCAGAACUUUGAUGAUUUGACGGUGAAUCCGAUGGAAACGCGGAGAUGAUGUUCCAGUUCUUGAUGAUGGAUUCGUCUUUCAGCGUGUCCAGAUAUGCUGUCCUUGUGCUCGUCUCCUAGUAGACUGCUGAUCCAUUUUUCUUCUCAAAUACUUCUGCUCUACUACAGCUUUUUGUGAUCGAACACUUGAGUUCGCGUGAAGAACAGUGAAGGAAACGGGGCGCAUUGUUUGAAUUUUCAUUAUUAUAAAGGACUUCCAGUUCAUACAGGAUUCGUGAUGUCUGCAGCAUACCGCUCCUUAUUCCUUUUGUUGUUGAGUUUGAUCUCGGCCGGGGCUCAGACCGAGAUGAAGCGGGUUGUUGGGGACAACGCCACAUUGCCUUGUCAUCACCAGUUCUGGCAGUCGAAUGGACAAACACUGGACAUAGAAUGGCUCCUGCAGAAACCCAAUGUCAAACAGCGUGUGAUUAUUACAUUCUUCAACAACGAGGUCUACACUAACGACAACCAUGCCAGUCGUCUGUCCUUUGCUGGCGACUACCUGAAAGGAGACGCCUCUCUCCUGAUUAGCGAUCUGCAGCUGACUGACUCUGGAGAAUACCAUUGUAAGGUCAAGACCGGCGGCAAAUACCACUGGAGCCAAGUCAACCUCAUUGUGCUGGUGAAGCCGUCUAAACCCCGCUGCUGGAUGGAAGGCCGGCUUCUGGAGGGUAGUGAUGUGAAACUGAGCUGUAAGUCUUCAGACGGAUCCGACCCUAUUCACUACAAGUGGGAGAGAGUUCUGGAUAAGGGCAAGAGUGUGGGAAAACUACCUCCCUUCGCACUCAUCGAUCUGAAGAACCCAGAGAUCGUGACCUUGAGGAACUUGACGCAGGACAGCUCCGGGGUCUACAAGUGCACCGCCAGCAAUGAUGUAGGAGAGGAGAACUGUAUCAUCGAGGUCACAAUGCAAUAUGUGCGGGGCAUGGGUGUGGUGGCUGGUGCUGUGGUUGGCGUUUCAUUCGGCGUUCUGCUCCUCAUUCUCAUCAUCUGGCUGGUCUUCCGCAAAAAAGAAAAGAAGAAAUAUGAUGAGGAGGAGACGCCUAAUGAGAUCAGAGAGGAUGCAGAAGCUCCUAAAGCCAAGCUGGUGAAGCCCAACUCCCUCUCCUCGUCUCGCUCUGGCAGCUCCCGCUCCGGUGCUUCCUCCACACAGUCCAUGGUGCACAACAGCACAACCCGAACCCAACGUCCACGGCCACCCGCUGUCGCCACCCUCAAGGAGAACGGACAGCCCCACGGGUUCCCCCAGUCUCCCCCGGCCUACACGCAGGUCGUGCCUAAAACCCCAGAACCCCCUGCCACCCCAAAAUUCAAACCCCCCAAUCCUCAAGUGGGCAUGGCCAUCCCGGCGAGCAUCAUGGUCCCUGCUCAAAGCAAGGCCUUUCAGACAGUGUAGGGAGUAAAGGAAGCAAGGCCUGGUGCGGGUCUCCGUACAAGACACCCACAGUGACUCUUCCAAAAGUACGAUUGGAAAAAUAAAAUACACACACAAACACAAAAAUAAAAAUAAAAACUGUAAAAUAAAAGCAUAAUUAAAAAAUAAAAUCAAUCAUAUAAAAUCUAAAAAGUUGAAUGCAUAUUUACAAGGGAAAAUACACAGUGCUUGCCCCCCUUCUGAAGUAUUAAAAGAAAACAAGGGAGGAACUGAAGAACGAGAAUUUUUUAUUCUCAUUCUUUGGUUCGCUCUCCUUCUUUUGAUCUCAUGGCGCAGUCUGACCCUUUUUUUUAACAUUAUUUGUUUUUCCCUCUCUUUUUGAGCCCUUGAAGGCUUUGUGGACGGUGGGGUGGAAAGAUUUCCCCAAGUACAGUUUAUUUAUUUAUUGCAUCAGAGAGGCUAAAGGUCCAAGGGCAGGCUGGGUUUAUGAAACAUGAUGGCAAGAGGAAGGACCAGUCGACUCUGAAGAGAAAUGAAGGAUAUUAUCCAAGAACUUUGUUGUUUCUGUUGAAGGCGAUGGGGCGGCUCUGGGAAUAUGAACUGUCCAUCUCAUUCCCAUUCAUUUUUCCCAGAAUGCAAUGCAAACAUUGGCCGUGGCUCAGACAUCAAAAUCGAAGGCAAUCUUAUUAAUACCUUAACAACAAUUUCCACAAAGAAGAAGUGAAGUGAUUGGAAAAUAUGGUCCCUGAUGGACAUUUCGGCACAUGGAUGACGACGUGUCAUUGAUGCAGUGGUACAGAGAGACUAACGGUUCAGUUAUCGUGAAACACACUGUUUUGCUACCUUAGCACGCUAUAUUUUACAAAAAAAACACCUGUUUAACUGUAUUUCAAUUAUGCCAUUGUCAUUGGUUUUUUUGUAUUUUUUGCGCAAACCCACGUUUUCUAUUACUGCCCACAGAUGCAGACGAUAAAAUGUAGUAAAAGAGACUUCAUCGAUGUUUUCUAGCAGCGGUAAUUCAUCACAUGAUGAUUAAAUGAUAUAAGAAGAGCAUUUUAACUUUUACAUAGUCCAUCUUAGACAUUCUACUAACUAUAAGUAACUUUACAACUACAUGUCAACUAGCAGUCAUUAGAAUACUAGCUACUGUCUGCUUAAUAUCUGCUAAGAUUUUAUUGUGAUGGUCCUCCAAACAUCAUUCAACUGACUAUAAGUAUAUUUUCAAGUACGUCAACUUAUUUUACUAAUCCUAACCCUAACCUUACAGUCUACUAAUACUCUAAUGAGAGUUAGUUGCCAUGUAGUUGCCAUGUUACUUAGUAUAACUUCUGAAGUUGACUAUCAAAAUAAAGUGUAACGUUACAUCCCGAUGCGUCAUGCAGUCAAGAGCACUUUAAUCUCCAUUUCAGGUGCUUAGCAUUGCUGUAUGUACAUUCCCAGUAAAGUACGCCAGAUCGCAGUAGUCUGCUGUUUCCCUCACAACCUAGUGCUCAGAACCGACCUGCAUAAUUGUGGCAUGCAAAAUGCAGCCAUUACCUAAUUUGCACAAUUCCAUUCGUGAAUUGGGUGUUAAAAAACAUGACAUGAGGAAAUAAACAGUGCCGUUAGCGGGUGAAAUUGAUCCUUAGUGAAUUCCCCCUGUGUGUCAACUGCUCUCUACACACUGAUAGGAAUUUUUGCAGUUAAAUCUAUGCAUAAACAUGGAGCGUACUGUACGUCCUUGACAGAAAGUCUGCGGUCUGGUUGCGGAUGUCAUCCUCACCGUUUCAGUUUGUAUUACAUACAGAGCGUGGUAUAUUUGUUACAGCUGUAGUUCCAGUGAUACUGAAACCAAAACCUGUCACGAAUACUAUGAAUGUGUAUAAGUCAAAGAUAGUUUUGUUUUUUAUUUAUUUUUUCCUUCUUUUCUAGAAUACCCAGUGGUACUACAUAAUAGCAUAUGAGGCACAAGUAACGUUCGACUAUAAUCUCACAGUACUGUUGGACAAGUAAUUGAAAGGGAACGCCAUAACAGGGACUUAUGAACAGAGCGUGUGUCCGCAUUUGCGGUACUCUCCGUCUAGUUAGUAAUUGCACCACGGUACCGUCCCAGGAUUCUCCUAGGACCCUCUAACAGCAGGCUGUCUCAAGAUGGCUGGCUUUUUGUGCCAACCGCCCCGCGGCUUCCUCCACCAAGUGCUGUCAAAAAAACCCUCUCCAUUAGCGGUGUCUCGAAGCCCCUGGGAAGACCUUGCUUGGUGCAUUUGUGAAAUUUGAAAUGGACAAGUUGCCUGUUUUGUGUGCCUUCACAGUGAAUUCUUCCCCCGAGAUUGCUUUUGUCCUUGGUUCUUUGCAAUGUACCAGACAAAAAAAAAAAA